GGAGGAUGCACGCCGAGGAAGAAGCCACGGCGGAGCGCGUGCUCGGGUCCGGCGAACGGCGCAGCUCGUGGGUCAGCAGCUGACUCGUCCCCCGGCGGUGCCAGGGGCUCCCCGGAACCAACAGCGACCACCGACACCGCCGCCGCCGCCGCCAUGACCGCGUCGCACGUGAGCGAGUCGGGCGCCGUGCCGGGGGACGCGAUCGGGGACGCUGCGCGGCGACCCGAGGUUGUCGUAGUCCGGGACGUGGACCACCGCGGUUACCAGUGCAUCGGCCAGAGACCAAGCGGCGCUCUCAAAGUCUUCCACAGAUUGCCCCGGACAAGCGGUUUCAGCACGACGUUCACGUUCGUCUGCAAGACGGUGGUCCUGCUCGUACUCAAGCUGUACUUGGCUUUCCUGCUGCUGCACUAUCUCUACCGGCUGCCGCAGCUGCCCAUCGACAGGUUUCCCGACAGGCUGUUCGAGAUCGGAGAGAUCCUGCUCGGUGUGGCCGCCGUCGCCGGAGCCGAGAGCCUCUGGUCUCGCAAGUCGAACGUGGCCUUGCUCGCCUCGCGCUACUUCGAGGCGCCUGAAGGCGGCGGCCGCUUCGAACCGGGUCAGAGCCUUCAGAGGCCGCAGAGCUUCUGGCACGACAAGUUCAUUCCCCUGCUGUUGUUCGGCCACGCCCUGGCCGGCGUUUCGCUCUACUUCGCCUCCAACAUCUGCCCGUGGACACGUGAAGGCAUUGCCAAUUACUCCUUCUUGGAGGCCUUCACGCGCUUCUUCUUUGUCAACCUGCUCGCACUCUCCCAGGCGUACAUGGCGAUGACCAUCUACACAGUCUUCUGCGUGGACGUCCGCAGAACGAUGCAAUGCGCCACCGAAGAGCUGCAGCGACGCCGCGACUCCAUCACCCACGACGGCCUGAGACGGCUGCACAGGAAGUGGGAGCUGUGUUGCCGCUACCUGGGCGACCUUAACUACAACUUUCUCGGUUUCGUCUGCGCCUGGUACUGCUACCUGUUCGUCAGGGCCAUCUAUCUGGUCGCGCUCGUCAGCAGCACAGUGUUCCCGGCCAGCCGCGCUGCCUUGACCAGGCAGGAGUUGUGUGUGCCUUUGUUCGAGCUCACCUAUCUCGCCAUCCUGUGCGCCGUCUCGGGCAAGGUCAAGGAUACACUCUAUUCGCCCGUCGAACAUCUCCGGGAGCUGACCCUGUCGAGGCCCACUGAGGAGACCGCCAUCCACAUCGAGGUGCAGAGGUUCCUUUACCGCAUCUCCAAGUACACGUCCAUGACCCUGUGGAAGCUGUCCAUGUGGACGGAGAAUGCGUUCAAAAUAUUUGUAUUGGUGGUCGCUGCUCUGCUUGUGCUACACGACAAGCGUGUUCGUGCGAAGCUGCUUUGAGCGGUUCGUGCGUUUUAGACCCCAUUCAUACUUCGGACUGCGCGGCUGCAGCUCCUCGAAUGCGUCUCGGCAUGGCCAAAUUGUUCAUUAUUAAAUGCGAUACCAUUUA